GCGCUCGUGCUGUGGUGAAAACUCAGGGGGAUGAUGCUCUUCAGUAAGAAGAAGCUGCCUGAAGUAGAGCGGGUGGUGAAAGCCAAUGACCGAGACUACAAUGAGAGAUUCCAGUAUGCGGACAAUCGUAUUCAUACAUCCAAGUACAACGUUCUCACAUUCUUGCCAAUUAACUUAUUUGAGCAGUUCCAAAGAGUGGCAAAUGCCUAUUUCCUUUUCCUCCUGAUACUGCAGCUCAUUCCAGAAAUCUCUUCCCUGACAUGGUUCACCACCAUUGUGCCUCUGGUCCUGGUGAUCUCCAUGACAGCUGUCAAGGAUGCUACUGAUGACUAUUUUCGCCACAAGAGUGACAAUCAAGUGAAUAACCGGCAGUCUGAAGUGCUCAUUAAUAGCAAACUGCAGCAUGAAAAAUGGAUGAAUGUUAAAGUUGGAGACAUCAUUAAAUUAGAAAAUAACCAAUUUGCUGCUGCUGACUUGCUGCUUCUGUCCAGUAGUGAGCCUCACGGUCUCUGCUAUGUUGAAACAGCUGAGCUCGAUGGGGAAACAAACUUAAAAGUUCGUCAAGCUCUACCUGUCACCUCAGAACUUGGAGCAGAUAUUAGCAGCCUUGCAAAGUUUGAUGGGGUUGUCAUCUGUGAGGCACCUAACAACAAACUAGACAAGUUCUCUGGAGUCCUCUCUUGGAAGGAAAACAAGCACACCCUCAGCAACCAGAAGAUAAUCCUGAGAGGCUGUGUCCUGAGGAAUACCAGCUGGUGCUUUGGAAUGGUUCUUUUUGCAGGUCCUGACACUAAACUAAUGCAGAACAGUGGUAAGACAAAGUUUAAAAGGACAAGCAUUGACAGACUAAUGAAUACCCUAGUCCUGUGGAUCUUUGGAUUUCUGGUAUGCCUGGGAAUUACUCUUGCAGUAGGAAAUUCAAUAUGGCAAAGUGAAGUUGGGGACCAGUUCAGAACUUUCCUCUUCUGGAGAGAAGGCGAGAAGAGUUCUUUGCUCUCAGGAUUCUUAACUUUCUGGUCAUACAUUAUCAUCCUCAACACGCUUGUCCCCAUUUCAUUAUAUGUGAGUGUGGAAGUAAUCCGUCUGGGACACAGUUAUUUUAUAAACUGGGAUCGGAAGAUGUAUUAUGCUACAAAAGCUAUGCCUGCUGAAGCCCGGACAACCACACUCAAUGAGGAGCUGGGCCAGAUUGAAUAUAUUUUCUCUGACAAAACAGGAACUCUCACUCAAAACAUCAUGACUUUUAAAAAAUGUUCCAUAAAUGGCAGAGUCUAUGCAGGUGAAGUACUAGAUGACCUGGGCCAGAAGAAAGAAAUAACUAAGAAAAAGGAGGGUGUGAACUUCUCAGGCAAAUCUCAAUCAGAAAGAACACUUCACUUCCUUGACCACAAUCUGAUGGAAUCCAUUGAGUUGGGGGAUCCCAAAGUGCAUGAAUUCCUUCGCUUACUCGCUAUCUGUCAUACUGUAAUGUCAGAGGAAGAUAGUGCAGGACAACUGAUUUACCAAGUUCAAUCACCUGAUGAAGGAGCUCUAGUUACUGCUGCUAGAAAUUUUGGGUUCAUUUUUAAGUCUCGGACUCCAGAGACAAUAACAGUAGAAGAAUUGGGAACACCUGUUACUUAUCAGUUACUUGCCUUUUUGGAUUUCAGCAACAUCAGGAAAAGAAUGUCUGUCAUAGUUCGAAACCCAGAAGGACAGAUAAAACUUUAUUCCAAAGGAGCAGACACAAUUUUGUUUGAGAAACUCCAUCCUUCCAACAAAGACCUGCUGUCUUUGACGUCAGAUCAUCUCAGUGAAUUUGCAGGCGAAGGCCUUCGAACCCUGGCAAUUGCUUAUAGAGAGCUUGAUGACAAGUAUUUUAAAGUGUGGCAGGAGAUGCUUGAAGAUGCGAAUUCUGCCACCACUGAGAGGGAUGAACGGAUAUCUGGGCUGUAUGAAGAAAUUGAAAGAGAUUUGAUGCUACUAGGUGCCACUGCUGUAGAAGAUAAGUUACAAGAAGGUGUUAUUGAAACAGUUACGAAUCUAUCACUAGCCAAUAUUAAGAUCUGGAUUCUAACAGGAGACAAACAAGAAACUGCCAUCAAUAUUGGUUAUGCCUGCAAUGUGCUGACUGACGCCAUGGAUGCCGUGUUUGUGAUAACGGGGAACACAGCUGUGGAAGUGCGAGAAGAGCUCAGGAAAGCAAAGGAAAAUUUGUUUGGACAAAACACGAGUUUUUCCAAUGGACAUGUAGUUUAUGGAAGUAAGCAGCAGCUGGAGUUGGACUCGGGUGUAGAAGAAGCUGGAACAGGAGAAUAUGCCUUAGUCAUAAACGGCCACAGUUUGGCCCAUGCUCUGGAAAGUGAUGUCGAGAACGAUCUUUUGGAACUUGCCUGCAUGUGUAAGGCUGUGGUUUGCUGCAGAGUCACCCCACUCCAGAAAGCCCAAGUAGUAGAGCUGGUAAAAAAACACAGAAAUGCUGUAACCUUGGCCAUCGGCGAUGGGGCCAAUGAUGUCAGCAUGAUAAAAAGUGCUCACAUUGGCAUUGGCAUCAGCGGCCAGGAAGGACUACAAGCAGUCUUAGCCAGCGACUAUGCUUUGGCUCAGUUUAGGUAUCUCCAACGGCUGCUUCUUGUUCAUGGAAGGUGGUCCUAUUACAGAAUGUGCAAGUUCUUAUGCUAUUUCUUCUACAAGAACUUUGCGUUCACCCUUGUGCAUUUCUGGUUUGCCUUCUUCUGUGGUUUCUCAGCACAGACUGUUUAUGACCAGUGGUUCAUCACCCUUUUUAACAUUGUUUACACAUCACUACCUGUUUUAGCCAUGGGGAUUUUUGACCAGGAUGUGAGUGACCAGAACAGUAUGGACUGUCCUCAGCUCUAUGAACCUGGACAACUGAAUCUACUUUUUAACAAGCGUAGAUUUUUCAUCUGUGUGGCACAUGGAAUCUACACUUCAUUAGCCCUUUUCUUCAUUCCCUAUGGGUCCUUUUACAACGUGGCCGGAGAAGAUGGGCAACAAAUUGCUGACUAUCAGUCCUUUGCGGUUACCAUGGCCACAUCUUUGGUCAUUGUGGUCAGUGUACAGAUAGCCUUGGAUACCAGUUACUGGACUGUAGUUAAUCAUGUCUUUAUCUGGGGCAGUGUUGCUACCUAUUUCUCCAUUUUGCUGACCAUGCACAGUAAAGGCAUCUUUGGAAUCUUCCCACACCAGUUUCCCUUUGUUGGAAAUGCAUGGCACUCUCUGAGCCAGAAGUUCGUCUGGCUUGUUGUUCUCUUGAUAGCAGUGGCUUCAGUCAUGCCGGUGGUGGCAUUCAGAUUUCUGAAGAUGUAUUUAUACCCAAGCCUAAGUGAUCAGGUCCGCCGGUGGCAGAAGGCUCAGAGAAAGGAAAGGCCCAUACGAAGCCGAAGGCCUCAGACCCGCAGGUCAAGCUCCAGAAGAUCCGGGUACGCAUUUGCUCAUCAAGAGGGCUACGGAGAGCUCAUCACAUCUGGAAAAAAUAUGCGAGCUAAAAGUCCAGCCCCAACAUCAGGGCUGGAAAAGAUGCUUUAUAAUAACACGAGCUGGAUUGAAAAUUUAUGUAAGAAAACCACAGAUGUGGUGAGCAGCUUUAGUCAUGAUAAGACAGUGAAACUGUGAGUCAAGAUAGACUUGAACCACAAGGCUUUCUUUUCCCCUCAUCUGGGGAUGAGCUUCAGCUGCUCAGGGGCCAAGAGCAGGGCAGAUUGCCUUGCUUAACUUAAAUAUGUGGCCUCCAGCUGCCAAUGUCUGUUACAUACUGGUAUGUUCUGCAGGAAACUGGGCCAGAUGAGCAUUAUCCAGUUUGUGAUUCUGUGGACCAAGUCCUUCCUCAUGGGACAAGCACAGAUUUUUAUUAGCUUAAACACCAGUUGAUCUGAACUUUGAAUCUUAUUUAUGGAAAAAUGCUUGUAAUUAGCAUCUACACUGGAUGGAUCCUGGGUAUGUCAAGACAUACCCUUGGUGUGUCUGAACCAGAAAACAUGUAUCUACAGAUACACCAUGUAUGUGAAGAGCUAGAUGCCUUUCCCAAAUGCAAUUGCAGAAUUUAAAGUAUGCAGUAUGAUGCUCUCAGCUUGAGAGUCAGUCUCUCCCUAGUUGUGACCUCUACUUGCCAGUCCAUCCCAGACAACAACUGUGACAUGCCUGAAGAAUACAGAAAAAAAAAAUCCUGUGGGAUCCCCUGUUCUACAAACCAGUCCAGGGACAAAAGAGAUGUAAUAUCUUUGCAGAGGAGCUGCUAAUGUGAUCAUGUUUAUUUAGAAAGUGUUCAGUCUAUUCUAUAUGCUGGCAAGCACCAGAGUAGCUCUGCAGGAAGUCUCCUAAUGUUUCAGUGACUUGUGUGACAGCAUCAGUAGCAAUCUGCUGCACAUUACACAGACCGUGGACAGAACCAUCCAGAGUGGUGGGGCACCACACUUUUUGUGUGUGAUACUGUUCCAAACAGUCCAGCGACGACAAAGGCUGCUGGCAGACCCCAUUUUAAAAAUGUAAGAAUUGAAAGGAAGUGAGUUCAUAGGCAAUCCCUACUGUUACUGUUUACUCAGGUUUAGGUCAUAGAGACUCAAUUCCUUUUAGUGCUCAACUGUUGUGUUUAUGACACAAACAUCUAAUGAAGCUGAUUUUUAAAAUAGACAUUACAGCCCAAUUUGGGGAUCGCUGGGUGAACCACAAUUUUAUUUUCUUUAAAAGGCUUUAUGUUCACACUGCUGCUCUAGCACCUCUUACCUCUGUGAUGGGCAGGUGAUGUGGCCCUCCUGAGACUCAGUGUCCUCCUCUACAAGAUGAGGAUGCACUACCUACCUCAUGUGGCAGUUGGCCAUCAAGCACAAGUUCUCAAACCAUCAGAAACACAAUUCUCACAUGAAUGUACAGAGUUGGCUUCAGCUAGCUCAUCAUCAAAACAGCAGAGCAAAAGGAAGAGACUGCAGGACCUGGGCUGUCAGUCAUGAGUGGGAUGACCUCAAGGGAAUGAGGUUGCUAAGUAUGAUGGGAAGCAAGUAAAACUAUAGCCCGGCAAGUAGAUUUUUCUGCAGGGAAGUAAAAUAAAGCAUCAGGUCUUACCAGUUUUCCAAAGUCAGCCUUUGGUUUUCUAGGUUCCUUCCCUCUGGUCCCUACUUAAUUGCCCACCAAACAAAACUGCUUUCUACAAAGAGCUUGCUAAUACUUAUGUGGCCUUGAUAGAUGAUGGGCUAGGAUGAUAUUAAUAGGUCAGUGUCCCAUGGCCAAUUAGUCUUUGUUUCUAAACGUAAUGUUUUCUGAAUGGUACUUAAUGAAACAAUCUGUAUGCAGGAGCCUAAACAAAUGGCAAAUGAUAUUUCUUUUUCUUAUACAUAUCUACCUUACAAAAAGUAAGAUUUUUCAUGUCUAAAUAUCAGCUUAGUGUGCUUGUUUAUGUUUUAUAGCAAUUUUGAAAACUUUGGAAACUUUCAGUAAACAUUUUGCCACUCUUGG